AUGGUGGUUCAUGUAUGCAAAUCCGAUGAAGAUUUCCGUACUAAGAUAGGUACUGCGGGUUCAAAGCCUGUUUUAGUAAUGUUCACUAUGGAAAGAUGCGGUGCUUGUAAAGCAAUCUCUCCCCUUUUCAAUAACUUGUCGGACAGUUAUAGUUCUAGCAUCUCCUUUUUGGAGGCUGAUAUCAGAUCAUCCUCAGGAGCUGCACUUAGUGUUGGUGUCACAUGUUUCCCUUCCUUUUUUGUUUAUGUUAAUGGAAAUGUUGUCAGCUCUCUCAAAGGAGCUAACAAAGAGAAACUGGAAGAGAUCGUUCGCAGUUGGAGUAAAGCCGAUUCGGAUAUGGUCCCUGGAUUCCUCCAGUUAGAAGGAAAUAUUAUGCUCAAUCAAAUCGAGUGCUCCAAUGCAUGUGACGAUACACCCGCUUCCAACUUCUUCGGAGGAAGUCAAUCAGUACUCCGAUCGGAUUGUGACGAACAACUCAUCUUGGGAAUACCUUUUAAACAACCGGUCAAGCUCCACUCCAUUUUCGUUAAAGGAAACGGAGGAAAAGCCCCAAAGGUUGUUCGCGUCUUCAUCAACUUGCCAAGAGCUUUAGACUUUGACGAUGCUCAAGCAAUUGAACCUACUCAAAUUUUGGAGUUUGGAAAUACUGCUGGAGAAACGGGAGAAUUACUGGCUUUGAAGUAUGUGAAGUUCCAGAACGUCCAUAGUCUUCAAUUAUUUAUCGAAAAUAAUCAAGAAGGUGGCGAAGUUACUGAACUUACAGAUCUCAAAUUCUUCGGGAUGCCUAAUAACGUUACGAGAAUGGAUGAUUUCAAGAGAGUCAGCGGAGAUAGCAACAGCGGGCACUGA